GUGGGCGGGACUUCCUGCGGGACGAGGCGACGCGGGGCUGCGCGGCGCGCGGCGCUUCCUUUCCCGGGUGCCCGCGAGCGGAGUAGCACCAUGAAGGCGUCGGGCACUCUGAGAGAGUACAAAGUCAUCGGGCGCUGCCUUCCUACCCCGAAAUGUCAAACCCCACCGCUGUAUCGGAUGCGGAUCUUCGCUCCCAAUCACGUUGUUGCCAAGUCCCGCUUCUGGUACUUCGUGUCUCAGCUGAAGAAGAUGAAGAAGUCUUCUGGGGAGAUCGUGUACUGCGGGCAGGUUUUUGAAAAGUCCCCUCUGCGGGUGAAGAAUUUUGGUAUCUGGCUGCGCUACGAUUCUCGCAGUGGAACCCACAACAUGUACAGGGAGUACAGGGACUUGACAACUGCUGGUGCUGUUACACAGUGCUAUCGUGAUAUGGGUGCCCGUCAUCGUGCCCGUGCUCACUCCAUUCAGAUCAUGAAGGUUGAGGAGAUUGCUGCUAGCAAGUGUCGUAGACCUGCAGUCAAGCAGUUCCAUGAUUCUAAAAUCAAGUUCCCUCUGCCACACAGAGUUCUGCGUCGCCAGCACAAACCACGUUUCACCACCAAGAGACCAAAUACGUUCUUUUAAGUGCAGAAACAUGAUAAGUGUUUUGCAGUACAAUAAAAUCCUUCUUGGAAAGGUG